GGCGACAGUAAACGGAUAUUCUUGACGAAUGUGGCAAGUAGAGAUCCGUGAUCUUCCAUGCAAGUAUUGAUCUGUGAUGCCAAGAGAAUGACUCAUGGGAUUUAUCUGUGAGCCGUGAAAAAAAAUGCGGUUUUGUCCGUAAGUUUUCUAAUGUAACCUUCAAGUCAACUACGGAGAGGAAAAAUGGAAAGUAUGAAGAAAGUUGGAAAUCCAUCACCAGUUUUCAGAGCCUUGACGGCAGAUGAUCCAGAACCAGAAAUAAGUGAAAUUGAAAGUCUAUGUAUGGAUUGUGGUGAAAAUGGUAUUACAAGACUGUUGCUUACAAAAAUACCAUUUUAUAAAGAAGUUGUGUUGAUGUCAUUUGAAUGUGAGCAUUGUGGUUUCAAAAACAAUGAAAUCCAAUCAGGAGGAAAAAUUGAAGAGAGAGGAGUUCGCAUAACAUUAAAUGUUCAAACAGAACGUGAUUUAAACAGACAGGUAAUAAAAUCUGACUAUACAUCUGUGAAAAUUGUGGAACUGGAUUUUGAAAUUCCUGCACAAUCUCAAAAAGGGGAGAUUACAACAGUUGAGGGGAUAAUAGAUCGUGCUGCAGCUGGUCUUAAGCAGGAUCAACCAGUAAGAAGAGCACAGGACCCAACUGCAGCUUCACUGAUUGAGGAAUUCCUGACCAAAUUACAGAAUUUAAAGUCUGUUAAAAAUCCAUUUACAAUGGUAUUUGAAGAUAUCAGUGGAAAAUUUUUCGUAGAGAAUCCUUAUGCUCCACAAAAGGAUCCUAGAACUGAAGUGGUAAGAUUUGUUCGUAACACUGAUCAGGACCAUAUUUUAGGAAUUUAUUCAUCCAGCAAAGUUGGUGUUGAGCCUGAGAUUAUGAAGACAAACUCAGGACUAUUAAGAAAGAUUAAUGAAAAUGAUUUUACAUUGGAAGAUCUUCAUGGUGAAGUAUUACAGUUCCCAACCCCUUGCCCAAACUGUGGAAUAGAAUGCCAAACGAAUAUGAAGCUUACAAAUGUUCCUCAUUUCAAAGAAGUGGUUAUCAUGGCAACAAACUGUGAUGCAUGUGGUCAUCGAAGCAAUGAAGUAAAGUCAGGUUGCGGAAUUGAAGAGAAAGGAAGGCGCAUCGAAGUGAAAGUUAGAAGUAGAGAAGAUUUCAGUCGAGAUGUUCUGAAGUCUGAGACAUGCUCCCUGGAGGUUCCAGAGCUGGAUCUGUCUGUUGGGCCAUAUGCUGUGGGAGGUCGCUUUACUACUGUGGAGGGUCUUCUGGUGGCUAUGAAAGAACAAGUGACAUCACAGGGAGCAGUGUUCAUAGACAGUGCCGAUGAUGAGACAAAGAACAGAAUCUCAAAAUUUGUAGCAGAAUUGGAUGCAGUGCUGGAAGGGAAUCGAGAAAUUACACUUGUGCUGGAUGAUCCUGCAGGAAACAGUUAUGUGCAGAGUUUCACUCAUCCUGCACCAGAUUCAGGAAUAACUAUUACAGACUAUGAGAGGACAUAUGCACAUAAUGAGGAGCUAGGCUUGAAUGCCAUGAAUGUAGACAACUAUGAAAAAAAUGAUAACUAAAUGUGCUGGAAAUAGAAGGUUGCAAAAUUAUUCUGCAGUCAUUAUGUAAAAGUCCUGCCGAAAUUGUUGGAGGAUGUGUUUGAAGUGAUUGCAACUGAUAAUUACAAAUAGCAAGACCAAGCAUACACAAAACUUUAUACAGAUGUUAAACUUAGAUGCCUAGAAACUGAAACUUCCAAUGAAGAUUCAUUUUGAUGACAAACAGAAAAACUCUCUUUGCAGUUGUUAUGGAUCAUGUGGAAGAAUAUCAAGAGUAACUUAGAAGUUAUUUUUAUGGAUGAAGUGAUAUUCUAUAUUAAUGAUGAUGUUGCUGGUAUUCUCUACUAGAUUGGAACGCUUUUAUGAAUUAUGUGAUUUAUUUUAAAUAUAUUAAGAAAAUUUAACAAUAUUGCAGAAUUAAUAAAGACCAAGAUCAGUACAUUGUGUGUUGUGUAUUAUUGUUCAGAUUAACAUUUCAUAUCUGUUUCUUUAUUCUAGUAAUAUAAAUAUGUAUAAUAAGUUAUUUUGGAGUUGCAGUUAGGUGUGUUUAGUAGCUUGUUAGAGUUCUCUUUGCUCACGUUGCAAGGAUAGUCGGUUCGCUUUUUAUCCAGGGUGAUCAGUUCUAAUUGAAAGUACUUCAUUGUAUGAUCAGGCAUUUUGAACAAAUGUUGCACAGUCAGAAUUUGCUGAAUAUAUCUGUAAGGUGCUUUGUUUCAGAACCACAUGUAUAGAUUUAUAAACAAGUACAGAAAUAAAUAUUCUCAUCUUUAAAAUGUC